AUGCAUCUCCAAUCACUUCUAGGCGCAGCCCUCUGGGCCUUCUCUCAGACGGCAUCCUGCCGAGCGGUGAGCGCGCGCGCCGCUGUCGAUCUCGUCGAGCAUGAGAGGACGCCUGUGCUGCCAGCCGGCUGGAGAUACAUGUCCCCAGCCAAUGAUAACGAAACAUUGCACCUGCGCAUCGCGCUGGCGCACCCCGAGGACGCUGAUCACUUGCGGCUGGCCUCCUCAGUGAGCGACCCGUCGUCGAUCAACUACGGCAAGUACUUGUCGGCCGCCGAGCUGCAAGCCGUCCUCCCUGACGUCUCCUCCGCCGGUGCUGCUGUCACUGAAUGGCUGGAGUCAGCGGACGGCGUGCAACACGUCUCGCAACAUGGCGAAUGGGUUAGCUUCAUCACGAACGUCGGUACCGCUCGCUCGCUGCUCUCAGCCUCGUUCGCCCAGUACAGCUACAACGGCGAAGCUCCCGUGCUGCGCACACAGUCGUACAGUAUCCCCGCGGACCUGCAGGAGAGCAUCGACUUCCUCUUCCCGGCGACGCAGUUCCUGAGCGCUGGUGGCAGCCGCCGGUACCAGCAGUACUCGCGCCAGCUCGAGUCCCGCCAGCACAGCCUGCCAGGGCCGCCCGACUGCAACGUCGACACGUGCCCGUCGAAGCUGGUCUCGAAAUAUAAUAUCACCUACUUCCCUCCGGAUGCCUCCUCGGGCAGCACCAUCGCCAUCGCCGGCUUCCUCGAGGAGCACCCGAACCGGACGGACCUCCAGUACUUCCUGCACACCUACGGCCUCAACAACUUCACGGCCGACUACACGACCGCCCUCGUCAACGGCGGCGAGGCGCCCGACGUGCCGUCCCGCGUCGGCGCCGAGGCCAUGCUGGACCUGGAGUACGCCCUGGCCUUCACCGGCCCCCUGCCGGCGACGUACAUCUCGACGGGCGGGCGCCCUCCGCAGCUGCUGCAGCCGGGCAACACGACGGUGCCCGAGUCGCAGGCCGGCAACGAGCCGUACCUCGAGUUCCUGGACUACCUCCUCGGCCUCGAGGACCCGCCGCUCGUCGUCUCCAUCUCCUACUCGGACGACGAGCAGACGGUGCCGCCCGCCUACGCCCGCCGCGCCUGCGACCUCUUCGGCCGCCUGGCCCUGCGCGGCGUGUCCGUCAUCGACGCCUCGGGCGACGGCGGCGCCCUGGGCACCGGCACCACCGAGUGCCUCGGCCCCAACAACGAGACCAAGUUCAUCCCGGCCUUCCCCGCCACCUGCCCGUGGGUGACGUCUGUCGGCGCGACGGCCGCCUGGGGCGGGCCCGCAACCUGGUCGGCCGGCGGCUUCUCCGACCUGUUCCCGCGUCCCGAGUGGCAGGACGCCGUCGUGUCGACCUACAUCGACCGCCUCAACGGCAGCCACGCGCCUUACUACUCGGCCGCCGGCCGCGCCUUUCCCGAUGUCAGCCUCAUCGGCGUCGACUACGUCACUACCGUCGGCGGCUUCACCUCGACCCUCAAGGGCACCAGCGCCAGCACCCCGGUCUUCGCCGCCAUGGUCGCCCUGCUCAACGACCUGCGCCUGCGCGCCGGGAAACCCCCGCUCGGCUUCCUCAACCCCCUGCUGUACUCGGACGCCCUGAAGGAUGUCUACAGGGACGUCGCAGAGGGCCAGGGCGGCGGCUGCUCAAACUCGACCUGGUUCGAGCCUGGCUGGGAGGCCCUGCCCGGCUGGGAUGCCGUCACCGGCUUGGGUGAGCCCGACUUUGAGAAGUUGAGGGCUGCUGUCGUUUGA